UUGAGCGUAGACAUCUAAAAAUCUUACAUCUGUGUGGUAAAUCCCAGAAACUUUGUAAGUGAUAUAUGGGAAAAUAUUAAAUCAAUGUUGCAUUGCAGCAGCCUACAAUAAUAACCAAAUAUUCUUGUGAAAAUUAUGUCAUGCAACGAAGGAUCAAAGGAGAAAUCUGAUUACCCUAAUAUUUUCGUUGGAGUAGUUUUUCCUUGAUUGUUUUUACCUAGUGGCAUUCCCUCCCGCAAAUUUCUUUUGAGCGAUUUCAAUAAACAAACUGAUUAUACCGUGAAUGACACCAAUUAGUUGAAAACACAUGGCCGCCGCCGGAGUAAUCAAAACAAAUCGCAUAUCUACAAAGAAGGUGAAAUAAAUACACCUGUAUUAAAAUCUAUUUACUAAAAAUUGCAAUGGGUGUGCGUGGUCUCACAAGUUAUAUCGCACGUCAUGCAGAACAAUAUUUGUUACCUUACGAGUUGCAUGACUGUAAUUUGGUCAUCGAUGGCGAUAGUUUGUCCUGCAAUUUGUUCAGAGACGUUUCCGGCAAUUGUUCAGCCUUUGGUGGAGACUAUGAUGAUUUCUAUCGUGCUGUUGUGGAGUUCUUUCAAGUGCUUGCUGAAUGUAAUAUUGAGCCUUAUGUGUUAAUGGACGGUGGAUAUGAGCAUAGAAAAUUACGUACAGUUGGCAAGCGUUUGAGAGGCAAAAUAGCUGUUAUCAAACGUAUUAAUCCUUGUGGUUCAAACACCAUCUUUCCUUUGUUAAUGAAGGAAGUGUUCGUAGAUGCAGCUCGUGAUUGUGGUGUUUCUGUAAUGCGUUGCGUUUUUGAGGCUGAUGAUGAAUUAGCGACACUAAGUCGGAAGUUGGGUUGUCCAGUUCUCACUUACGAUUCUGAUUUUUAUAUAUACAAUGUGCAUUAUAUACCACUGGUCACUUUAACUGUUAAAGCACACACCAAACGGGUUGGCGAGGACGUCGAAUCAAAAGAAGAUGAAUUACCAAAACGACGAUUGCGCAAAAAUGAGGCUAAACGUGUAGAGAAAUUGACAAAAGCAAAUCGCAUAAUGGGCAACAUACAGGUGAACAACGUAGAGAAACGCGCACCCAAAAAGGGUAAAACCUACAAGUUUCUGGAUUGUUGCAUUUACCGCAUUGAGCACCUGAUAGCGCGUCGAUCGAUUUGCAAGGAGAAGUUACCAUUAUUUGCAGCGCUACUAGGCAAUGAUUACAUUGCGCGUUCGAGUUUUAAAAAUUUCUUUGCUGCUGGUAUGGGAAAAAUUGGACGAAGUCGAAAAGUACAAAGCCAACAAAAACGAAUACAAGUCAUUUUGCAGUGGUUAAAAGAUGAAACCGUGGAGUCUGCUCUCACAAAGAUACUUAGCCGCCUGCGCAAGGUACAAAGAGAAUCGCUGCUGGAGCAGGUGGAUGCGGCUAUAAGUGGUUACUCCAACGAGAAAUGCCAUUCUUAUGACUUUUUUACAACUUAUUAUGAAAGUGCAUUUCAUAGAUAUCCACCAAAACAGCUGGAAGCAGCGGAGAAUGGUUUUGAAAUAGAAGAAAAUUACUAUGAAUCUGAAGAAGACGAGGAUAAUAGCGAGGAAGAUAAAGACAAUAUUGUAGAAAAUGACGAGGACAAAAGUGGUGGAGAGGAAGACAUUAUUGUAGAAAAUGACGAGGUAUGCAAAAAGGAAGAUAGUGGUGAAGUUACCGAUAGUGAAGAGGAGUCAGAAUUUGAAGAAGGCGAGACGCAAGAAGUUGGUAAAGAGAUGAAAAAUAAAAAUGCAAGUGAAACAGAAAACGAGGAUGCUGAAAGUGAUGAGGUUGAGUGUAGAGAUAAGACUUCAAAUUUUCCCACUUGGUUUAUAGACAAGUUAUAUCCUGCUCAUUUACCACGUUACUUUGUGGAUCUCGUACAUUUGCGUAAAUAUAUAAAUAGCCCACAAAUUGAACAUUUUCCCUACAGUGAUUGUAAUGAAAUUGCACUGCCAAUACUGACAUAUAUUUUUACAUUACUGAAUAGCGCUAAAGGCGAAGAAACGAGACCACAGCUAGAUGAGAAUGGUGAACCAUUGCCCAUCACAUUUACUUACAUGGCACGUAGACCGAGGGUAACAAACAUACAUUAUACACGUUAUGAAAUGGAGACUGAAAACAAAUACGAAUUCAUACCUACAAAGCCCGAUCCACUACUUUUCCGAAAUGUUUUUACGAAUAAGAUGCCUCACUUAGAUAGUGAAAGACUAUUUCAAAAAGUGGUUGAACUACCAAAAGAUUUACAAAUGUACUUCCUCGCCAUUGUUUAUUGGCUGCAUAAGUGCCAAAAUUGUAAUCUAAUUCAUCUACAUGCACUAAUUAUAUGUGCAGUUGUCUUACGCACAAUAGAUUCAAAAAUACCUGUCGAACGAGAUUUACGUGAUUUUCAAAAACGUUUUGGUAAAAUUAUCAAGAAGGAAAGAGUGGUUCGUGACACAGAAGCUCAAAAAGGCAACCCUCGCACAAUUAAGGAGGAGCUACUGUUGUUACCCGUACCGGAUCGUAUGGAACGUAUACCGAAAUCCGAUUGCUAUCUUGUAAUGGAUAGCCUGCUUAAACAUUUUCACAUGCAGGAACUUUUUAAAAAGAAAUACGAUGACUAUUCCACAGUUGUCUUACAUGCUUUUGCAGAAUUUCAAUCGGUUGUUUUUCAAUUGUAUGGUCUCAACGGCUUGCUCGACAUGCCAUAUGAGCAAGUGAAAAUGGGUCAACUAUUUUGUGGUGUCUUCAUAUACAAUUUAUAUGAUUUACUAAAAUCACGUGCCGAUGUUACAUAUCAUGUACGAAACUUUAUAUUCCGUGAUUCGCAAAUGAUGUUUGAUUUCUAUGAAUACUUGUGGCAAUGGUGCGAUGAAUUUGUGCCUACAUGGAAACGCCCUGCCUUAGAAAAAGUAACACAGGUAGCUAAUAAAAAAGCUUUGAAGAAGAAACGACAAGCUGCACGUAAACUGGCAGCUGCUCAGGAGAAUGCCGACCCUAAUGCUGAUAUGGUUGAUCGCAGCGACAGUGAAAAAGAUGCCACUUUAGGAGAAGAGGCUAUAUUCGAGGAUUUGAAUAACAAAUUUACUACAUUUCUUACAGUGAGAUAACGACCAUGGUAGAUUUGGAAUGAAGAACAAGUGUAGGACAAAAAAUUAAAAAAUUAUGCAUUGAAUACUGUAUCGAUAAAGAUUCAGAAUAUUUAUAGAACGAUAUAUCAGUGCUGCAGUUGAUAUUUUAAACAAUAUAUAUUAUAAUUCUGAUUUAGGUUUAAAAUAAAGAAGAUUUCAAACAAAUUCCAAUGCAA